GCGGUUCAUGAAUGGGUCUUGGAACGGCGUAAGAUCUGGGAGGGGACAUCUGAUAGGCCAGGAACGACGUGUGUGGUGUUGUGUAUGUUCUCGAUCGUCGACACAUGAAUAUAUAUGUUCACUGACAUAGGUGACAGAGGCAGAGAGUAUAAGAGGAGAUAAGAAAUUGACUUCUGCAGGGAGGGAGAGCUGUCGGUUAGCCAUGGGUUUCCGCAAGAAGAACAAGAGCCCACCGGUGCUGAGCCACGAGUUCGUGAUCCAGAAUCACGCGGAUAUGGUUUCGUGUGUGGCUAUGAUCAUUCUCCUUGGACUGAUGUUCGAGGUGACUGCAAAAUUUGCCAUUAUGUUUAUCACAGUACAAUACAAUGUGACUCAAAGUCUUGACGAGAAGAUUGAGCCAGUAAACCUGUACCUGUACGGUCCAAAGGACAUGGCCACUGUGUUCUUCUACCUGCUCAUCGCUGUAAUCCUCCAUGCCUUGAUACAGGAAUACAUUCUGGAUAAAAUGAAUCGACGGUUGCACCUGUCAAAAACCAAACACAGCAAGUUCAAUGAAUCUGGACAGCUUGCUGCCUUCUACUUAUUCUCCUUCAUCUGGGGCUGCAGCAUCCUUACAGCGGAGGAAUUCGCAACAAAUCCUACUUUCUUAUGGGAUGGAUACCCACAUACCCACAUGGUCUUUCAGGUAAAGUUCUUCUACAUUUGCCAAAUUGCCUACUGGCUCCACGCGCUUCCUGAGCUCUACUUUCAGAAAGUGCGAAAGGAGGACAUUCCCCGCCAGCUAUAUUACAUUUGCCUUUAUGUGGCCCACAUCACUGGUGUCUAUGUCUUAAACCUCCAGAGACUGGGCCUGGUGCUUCUGGUCCCUCACUACCUGGUUGAGCUCCUGUUUCAUGCCUCCCGUCUCUUCUAUUUCAGCGAUGAGAACAAGCAAAAGGGUUUCACUCUGUGGGCACUUCUUUUUGUCACCCGUCUCCUCACGCUCACCCUGUCCGUUCUGACAUUUGGAUUCGGGCUGCCCAGGGCAGAGAACCAGGGAUUCUCUCUGGCAGAGGGCAACUUUAAUGUACUUACCAUUAGGACGACCUGUCUGGCAGCCAUCUGCCUUACUCAGGCUUGGAUGAUGUGGAAGUUCAUUAACUUCCAACUAAAAAAGUGGAGGGAGCACAGUCAGAUCCAAGCCUCCAAGAAGAAGGCCAUCAGCCCAAAGAGCAAGUCCCAGAAGAAGGACCUUUCCCGGAGUGCUGCCAACGGCCUGGUGAAGUUAGAGGAUAAGACGUCUCCCAGGGCGAGAAAGGCCAAGGCCUCAUAGGUGUGAAGGUUGAGAGAGGAAGCUUCUGUCGAUGUGACUAUCUUUUCACUAUUUAAACUAAAGUUAACUACUGCCCCAAACUAUCACUUGAGUGCACUAAGAAACCUUAUGUUGACUGUCCCUUUAGGGUUAAAUCUUUAAUGAACGUUUUGUGUGUUUGACCGAAUAUGAUAACUGUUGUGUUCUCUGCAGGAUGGUUGAUAUGAUGAAGAGGUUAAAUGCUUUAACUGGAUAGAUACUUAUUUCGUUUUUUUAAAGUGCUUUUGCAGAGAUUAAUUAUCUUUUUGGUAUGUAUUUGCUCAAUAAAGGGCCUUAUUCAUUCAAACCUGUUAACCAGGUUUCGGACAAGUCCAAAGACGCUGCUCAUCUUGCUCCUCCAGAUUACAUGUCUGGAUUACUUCUCUUCACAUAAUAGUGUGACAGGUUUGAGAGGAAACUACUUGCGAGACUGAGCUGGGCCUUUACUUGCUUGGGAAAUCAGAAAACAGAUUGGACUGAGUAUAAGCAGUUGUAUUUUCUCCCUGUGUUUGUUCACUGCCACCAUGUUUCAUGGCCAGUCCCCCUCCAGCCCCCGAGCCUGCUGGGAUCUCUCCUAGUGAGGUGAGGUGCUAUGAUUCUCCCCCUGGCCUCAGAUACUGGGCUGUGUUCACAGGAAUCAGUGCGUUGGGAGUAUCUCUGUCCUGGUAACAGUAAUGUCAGAGGAUAGUCCCUGCCAAACUAUUGCAAGCCUAAAUGACUGUCAGACUGGACGCUCUGAUGACAGGGAGUUUGCCUACAUCUCUCACUAGCAUUCAGUGGCCUUUUUGUUUGGUUUUUCUGCUGUAAGAGCUGUGCGUUAUUCAUUUGAGUUAUAUACUGCAGUGUAGUUAUUAUUUUGUAUGCUUUGGAAACUUUAUAACCAGCACAGACAGGAUAAGUUAACCCACCAAAUGGUACAAUCCUCCUUCAAGUGUCCUUAUAAUGUCUGGCGCAAGCUGUGAGUUGUCCCUCAAGUCUAUUGUGUGUCUUUCGGUAUUGAGGGCAGACUUCAGAGCUACCCUGUUCUAAUAUGUUACAUCCCAACAUUAAAUGGGAUGGUGUGUGUGAGCCUGUGUAUAUGGGUGUGUGUUGGUGUGUGUGUACAUCAGUGUGAUCAUGUGUUAAUGUACAGUAUGUGUGGCAGUGACUGCUCUGCAUGAGUCCGCUAUAACCAUGUUGUUGCUUUUACCCUGAAACUGUUGAAUGGCUAAAAGAACAGUUUCUUGACUCCCUGGGUUAGUUUAUUUUAGAAUCAUUGAAUGUGUUUUGGUUCAUUUUCUCUGGGUUCCCAAAACGGCUUUCAUAAUGAAAGCAAUACGUUUCAAGUGUAUUUGAUGGAUUGUUGGUUUCUGUACUCUACUGUGUUUUCUGCCCUCACUCCCACAGCCUGAGUGAGAGAGAUGCUGUGACUUCUGCUUGCCAAUUGUGGGGUGACCAGACUUUUUGCUCCCUUUUCCAGUGAUUCUGACAUUGCCAUUGGACCUUGUUCUCAUGUCAUACUGUAGACUCAAUGCUGUUUCCAUCAAUGGGGGCCAAGUUAAAAAUUUCUGCUUUGUGAAACCACUGUGCAUGUAUGGCCCUUGGUUGGCGAAGCACGCCUGCUCUCUGUGGAUGGACUGGGGUUGUGGUUUGGUACUUUGCAGGCUUGUGUGUGUGUGUGUGUGUGUGUGUGUGUGUGUGCGCGCGGCGCGUGUGUGUGGGGGGCAGCGUCAGUGGAGGAAAGAGGGAGCAGCACUUUUAUACCAGCAUGUUACUUUACUGUCUCUAAUGUCAAAGAAAAAAAAAGCAUUUAUAUGACUAGUGAUACACUAGUAUUAAGAGGGUGUGUCAGAUUUUUAAGCUAUUUUUAUAGAGUUUGAAAGAUCCUGUCAAAAUGUACUUAUUUACUUGUAUGUAUGGACAUUGUUUUGCAUCUGUAUUGGUAUGAGUUGUUUUUAAUUGUGGUAUAAUGCAGCUUGCUGACUUGUAAGUGUGGGGUGUGAAUAUUAAUCAAAAGGAAUCAAAUGAGCACUCUUAAGGUAUAACUUAUUUUAAUCCAGGUUUUUCAGUAGGAAACUCAUGAAACAGCAAUCCUGGCAUAUAGUUCAACAAUUUAGUUUCAUAUGUGCCCACAGCAGUUCCAUUCUGCUCUUGAAGUUGAUAGGGAAGCAUCUUUAGGUGUGUUCCUUUGUCAGCUCAGGAACAGCUGUUCAAGAAGUACCCAGAUGAGGUGUCUACCACUCUCAUUGCCUUUUUAAACAUGAAAAGUGGACAGGGAAAAGGGUAGAAUGUGAUUACCUACUCUGAAUUUCUAUAUAACACAUCAGCUAGUCAUCACAAACAUGCAACAGCAUGAAACAAACAUCACAGUGCAGCAUGAAACAAAUAUCACAGUGAAGCACCUGGCCGUAGCAGUGAAAUGGCCUUUGGUCUUUAGCGAGAAAUGUGGACAACUAAUUAACCGUUAACAGGUACAUAAAACAUGUCAGUUUAUUUCACGUAUGCCCUGUCCAUAUUUAGUAUGUUACUUUGCUGCUUGCUUAGAUGUUGCAGUGUAUUUCUUUUAAAAUGUGUUGAAAUGCUCUGAUGUAUUUAUGCAAACCUUACAUUUUCUUUUGUUGCCAUUUUCAUGUUUCAAUAAAGCUUUUGUUGACUGUC